AUGGACGACUCUGAGCAGCACAGCGACAGUAGCACCAUCACCCACCACAGCUCCUAUUCGUCGUCCUAUCAGCCAUCAGCUAACAAGAACAGAUUCUGUUUCGAUUCUCAAGGUGAAGAAGUUGAGGUUGUUGCCGAAGGUGCUUCUCACGACGAAGAGUCUCACGGAGAACAUGGAAGUGGCACGACUUCCCCGGCAGUAACAUCAGUCGCAGCGACUGGUGCUGCCGAGACGCCCAAAGUAACAGCGCUUAGCGAUUGCCAUAUGCACGAGACUCAGCAAUUCUGUAUGGGUCCUAGUGCUACAGAGUAUUUGAUGAAGAUUCCGGCGACAGCGACAGGAGAACCACCUUCCCAGUACACAGGUUGCCAUGCACAUGGCUCACAGCUUUUCUGCAUGUCUCCUGCUGACGGUGAGGUCCUUGCCCAAGCGCAGACGGCAGACGGAGAAGAGCCAGCUGGAGAGGAUUCGGCUGAUGGAGUCAGUUGUCAUUUUCACGCAGGAACUUGCGAAGCCGUCAAUCGCGACUACAAUAUCCCUCUACGCAUUGGUCUCGUGUUUGCCAUCCUUGCCACCGCAUCUAUCGGUGUUUUCGGCCCAAUCUUCCUCUCGCUUGGUAGGUUCAAGAGUGGUAGUAUCGUCAUGUCGAUCAUCAAGCAGUUUGAACUCAUGUUCGCAAACCACUGUCUGGGUGGCCUCAAAUACGAAGCCACGACCGCAGCUAUUGUGAUGGCAGGUAUCGUCAUUUCGUUCGUUCCUGAGUAUGUCGGAGCCAGGAUUUUUCUCUGGCGUGUGUCAAAGCACACCGCUCCCGCAUCACCAUCACCCGAGCAGAGUCAUGAAUCGAAAGGAGCUAAGACCAAUGAAACUCCUGUCGGCCACCACCUCAUACACUCCGGAGACGCUCAUGCACAGUCUCCUGCUCUGCAAAAACUCAAAGUCAACAUCAUGGAAGCUGGAAUUAUCUUCCACUCGCUGCGCCUCGCUCUCGGCUCUCGCAUCAGCGAUCUCCAAAUCAAAGUGGUGGAAAAAGUCAUCAUGGCCACAGCCUUUGCCGUCGUAACACCCAUCGGCAUGGCCAUUGGUAUCGGCGUUCUGAAUCAGUUCAAUGGCAAUGAUCCUUCUACAAUCAUCGCUAUUGGUACAUUGGAUGCAUUGAGUGCUGGUAUUCUGCUUUAUGUGGGGUUGGUAGAGAUGCUGGCGCACGACUGGAUACAUGGAGAGCUGAGUAGAGCACCGAUGAGACAUAUCAUUCCGGCUGGAACCAGUUUGGUUGCCGGGUUGGUGCUGAUGAGCGUGCUUGGGAAAUGGGCGUAG